AUGUCCAUAAACGAAGAAGAUGAGCUAUUCGACUUCGGGGGACGUAACGGCGGUGUCGGGCACACCGGCGUGGCAAGCCUCGACACGAUCAUGCAGUCACUGAACAAGCGCUACGAAGUGUACCAGCGUAGGCGUACGGCCAUGACGCCGUUCGGGUCGCCAGGUGACCCCGCUAUCCUCGCACCACCCAACUCGCACUCCAUCCUAGGCGACAGCACGAUCGUUAGCGGCAUCUCAGUCAACGGCGGCGGCAGCGUUAGUGGUGGUGGCGGCGCUGCAGCGUCGCAGCCGCACGAGUCUCCGAAGGAAUCCAUUGUCUUCCCUCACACGCGACCGGCCCCGUACUGGGAAGAGCGAGAGCUCUACAUCGUCGCCGAGGACCUAUGCCGCUGUCUCAACGGUGGCAUCAACUACCGGCUGCUGUGCGAGCAGUAUCAGCGGGCACUAGAGGUUCUGUUGACGCUGGUGCGCGAAGAUCUGUGUCUGUGCUUGUCGGGUGAGAUGGAGCUGGUGCCAGGCGUCGUGGCGAAGUCGUUUCUCGCGAAGCUCAAGGCACUCUUGCAGGAGUCCAAGCGCAUGCUCGACGAAGCAGGAGUGAACGUAUCACCCCGGCUGGAGACCAUGAUUGAGCAGCUGCCCAGCGGCAGCAGCAUCAACAGUAGUAGCGGUGGCGCUAGCCAUGCCUCCCUGCACACUGGCCACAACACCGCAGCCGCUGCUUCGUCGACGGCAUUCUACGUUGGCCGUACCCCAAACUCGUCCAUGAUGUCAAACGGACGACUCACGGGCACGAGCGGUGGCGGCGGUUCCGUAUUUGCGGCGGCCCCCCCCGCCGCGAACCACAGCGGCAACCUCACCAAUCUGUGUGCGCAGCCGCAUCACUCUGGGCCACCGUACAGGCGCCCACCUUCGGCAGGCAUGCGCAGUGUCAACACCCGCGAAGGCGAGGUGGACAGCGGUAACGCGGCAGCUGCCAGACGACGGCCACCAAUAGCUCCGCCGAGCCGCCCGUAUCUAGCGUCCCCCGACAACGGGUACCUGCAGCUCGACCACCCUUGCGGCGGCAACGGGGAUGGGUUGUCGCGGCAGCAGCAGCAGCAGCCGGCGGCGGCGUCGUCGUCGUCCUUCGGGCACCUCCCCUCUGCGGGUGCUUGCUGCAGCCCGCCGAACGUGGCGAGCAGCGUGGACAACCCGGCUGAGGGCCGCGGCAGGGCAGGCGGGGAAGGUGCCAGUGGUGUAGAUGUAUGCAGCUGGCAUGAAGAUGGCGGCAGCAUCAAGCGAAGCGGUGUUGGUGGCCCGAAUUCUUUGUUCUCGGGGGCCGCUCUGACACGGAAAGCUAGUGGCAAGGCGUCCUCCAUCACCUCAGCCGAACAUCCCCUCCAGCACCAAGCACCGCCGCAGCUAGCGCCGGCAAUCGCGGAGCAGCGCAACCCUACCGAGAGCACGUCGCCCGUUCCCGCUACGCCCCCAUCGGAUGUCGACGAACCAGGCGUGCGCGGAUACUCGCAUACGGCUGUAGGGGACAGAGUUGUUGGCAGCAGCUCAGCCGUGAAGACGCAGGACGAUUUGCUGGUCGCAGAGGUACUUGGUGAAGACCCGAACGACACGUUUGCCGCCCCAGCGCCGGGGCAAGCUCGCCUUCGGGAGCUGGAGGCGCUUUACGGGGAGUUUUACGCGAUGGACGGCAUGGCCCUGCUCAUCGAUGCUCUCGGCGUCGUCUUCACCCGCGAGUACGACCAAGGAACUGCGCAGCAACCCAAAUGCGCCCUCACCGCCUUCCAGCAGGAUGUGAACGGGAAGGUCAUGCCAGUCCUGCAGUCGUGCGAGAGUCUGCAGCUCUGCAUCGCGGACCCACAGCCGCUGCGGAGCUCCUACCUCGCGAGCUGUCUGGCGCACCACGUGCGGCCAAACAGCACGGUACUCGACGACCUCAAGCGCAUCGAUAAAGACCGCUCUGUGGAGACGAUGCACUUGGGAGGGCUGCACCUCGGCGACCGCGGCGUGGCGGCGUUCGCCGAGAGCGUUUUGCCCCGGCUGUACCGGCUGCGCUGGGUGGACCUCAGCAACAAUGAUGUGAGUGAUAGCGCGCUUGAGCCGCUCCUCCGCUCUAUUCGCUACCAUCCUUCGCUGGAGCACCUGAACCUCUCACGGAACCCGCUGACCGACAGCGCCCUGCCGUUCCUGCUGCGCAUUGCCCAGACGUUGCCGCGGCUGUCAGUGCUGCUGCUGCAGAGCUGUGCCAUGAAGCCGGCCACGCGGCAGAUGGUGGAAGCGGAAGUGGCAGUCUCCGGCACGUGCGAGAUGCCAGUGGCCGCGUACCGGUGCCGCUCAAAUCCCCCCACUCGCGUCAGCAGUGUCAGCCUCGCGCUGAAGAGGGCAGCCGCAGCCUCACAACCGCUACCGGGACCGCCUUCGGGUCUCCCACGCUUUGCACCCCCACAGGGCGAGCGGCGACCUCGGUGA